UUUAAUUCCAAGACAUUAAAGUUUUUUAUACAACAAAAUAACAAGUUUUGUGUGCACGGUAUUACAACUUAUAUGUUUCAAAUUAAUAAAUUAUGAUCAUAACAAAUUUUUUUGAAGCGCAUACAAAUUAAUUCGCAUUGUUUAUACAUACCACGUAGGUAUUCGAUAAAUUCUUGUCAUCUACUAAUGUUUACGUACUGUUGUUGUAAAAUACACACAUAAGUGUAACGAAAGAAUAUUAUGGCACCCAAAACGUCAUCGGCUACUCUACGUCUGAAACAAGAUUACAUCCGUCUAAAAAAUGAUCCUGUGCCUUAUGUAAUCGCUGAACCAAAUCCUUCUAACAUAUUGGAAUGGUACUACGUAGUUAGUGGACCCGACGAUUCUCCGUACGCUGGCGGUUAUUAUUUGGGAAGGCUAGUUUUCCCUAGAGAUUUUCCAUUUAAGCCGCCCAGCAUUUACAUGAUUACACCAAACGGCAGAUUCAAAACUAACACCCGCCUGUGUUUGUCCAUUAGUGAUUACCAUCCAGACACAUGGAAUCCAGCAUGGAGUGUAUCUACUAUUCUCACUGGUUUGCUAAGCUUUAUGCUGGAGAAUAGCCCUACUAUGGGUAGCAUAGAGAUGACUGAUUACGAGAGGCGUCAACUGGCUGCUCAAAGCUUAGAGUCAAAUGUAUGUGACGAAAAUUUCUGUGAACUAUUUCCUGAACUUACCAUGACAAUACAAAAUGAAAUUGAAAAACGAAAUUUGGCUAGAGCUAAUGAAGAGCAGUCGCCCAUCAUGGAUAGUAGCCAACCUGAAAACAAUAUUCUUCACUCAGUUGUUUACAACAGUGUGGUAGUGGUCGGCUUUGCACUAUUCAUUUACUUAGUCAGAUAUGUUUUGUAUAACAUGAAUAUCGAGUGAAAUUUCCUACUCAUUCCCUUUAUUUUUAAUUAAUUAAUUAAAUAAAAUGUUGUAGUCAUAGAGAUGAAUAUAUUAACUAUAAAAUGAAAACUAUUGGUUACAACAAUUAUUUAUGUAAUUUGUUUGACUGAAUGAUCAACAGUUGUAAUCCUGGUUUUUUUUUUAUCAUUUAAGUUUAUGAAAUUAAUUAAGGAAUUAUAUAAUAGAACUUGUUUUUGUUUUAUAUAAGUAUUUUACAGUAUAAAAAAAAAAAUACAAUCAUUGCAAAGAACUGUCUACUAAUCCUAAAA